AUGCUAAACACACUAAUCCAUAUUUAUAGACCAUAUCUAGAAUCACGACAUUCCAAAGCACAAUUGGAAUCAAGAUAUUUGAUAUUUAAGAAAGAAAUAGUUUCAGAUAUUUGGUGUCUGUUAGGUUUUGAUAGAUUUCUUCAAAAUUUACCAAUAGAAAUAAUUCACAAAUUGUGUGAAGCUUUUGGAUUUACUGAGGAUGUAAAUGAUAAAGAAAGUUUAGAGCUAGCACUUAAAGAGGAGAUAUUGAUUAUCGGAUUUUGCGAAAUUAUUCGCAAACAAGAGUUAAAAAUUCUUAAUGCAGCUCUCACAUCUGUUAGAGAAAAUUUUAAAUCAUUAUUUGAUCAAUAUCCAUUUUUUGAGGAUUCGUAUUGUGUUUCAGAUUAUUUUGAUGAGCAAGCGUAUGCUUUAUUCUUUCUUUCAUUCAGUUUUCCUCAUAUAAGAAAGGAAUUUAUUGAUUAUAUUCAAAACUCUGAGCAAAUACUGAAAAAGCUUAAUAAUAGAUCAUUGAAGAAAAUUCAAGCCCUCUCAUUUACCAAUGGUCAAUCAGAAGAAUUGGUAACAUCAUCUGAAAAGGAUGUCCUUCAAUUACUUGCAAAAAAUCACACAAAGCAAGACAAAAAUACAGAGAAGGGUGUCAAGGAAGAAAAAAAUACAAAGAAAGAGAAAAAUGAUAAGAAACAAGAAAAAUCAGCGGAGAAGCAUGAAAAAGAAAAGAAAGUCAAUAAUAUUAGUGAGCCAUCUGUGUCAACUAUCCCAACUAAAACCUCCAACAGAAACGAUAGUAAACCUUUUGCCUCACCUAAUGAAAAGAGUUCAGACGAGGAUUCAGAAGAAACCUCAAACGAACCAACCUUUCCAUCAAGUAAAGGAAGGGUUAAAAUUGAAAAGGGUGUAACAGCAACUGAAAUUUACACCAACUAUUCAGCCAAAGAGAUUUAUGAUAUUUGUAAACUAUUGAAAAUCAAACUUGCAGGUAACAGUACUGAGCGAACAAGACGAAUUGUUAAAUUCCUAAAUGAUGGAAUAGUAGAAGCUAAACGUAAGAGAAAACGCAGUGCAUCCUCCAAAUAUGCAUCCUCCAAAAAAUCAAAAUAA